AUGCAAAGUAAGAAUCCGGAUCAGCCGGAUAUUCUUGGCAAACCGUUCAUGAUGUGCUCUCCUAAACAAGCCGAACUGGACGUGUGGGAAAGAGAAAUCCGAAAGUUACGAGGAGGAGUCUUUGGCCAGAGUCUCGAGGAUACCAUAGUGAACGAGAGUGAGGAAUGUACAAGGGAAAUCCCCGUGGUGGUGGAGCGGUGUGUAUCACAUCUCAGAGAGACUGGAAUGAACGAGGAAGGAAUCUUCAGAUUAAAUGGUCGAACUAGCAUGAUCCAGGAACUUCAGGAUAUCUUCGACGGCGGUAACGUACCCGACUUCGAGGCCUACAGUGCCAGCUCGCACACGGUAGCAUCUCUGUUGAAGAGAUACUUUCAAUAUUUACCCGAGCCGAUCAUUCCCUGGCGUCACUGCAGGUACUUCAUCCCAGCCAUGCAACGUCUUCAAGAAUGCGAAGAAGAUGGCCGAAGACAGCUGGUCAUCCAACUCGCUCUCCUUCCCAAAGUCAACUACAACCUUUUGAAGUACCUUUGUCGCUUCCUGCACGAGGUUCACAAGUUUGAGGCGCAAAACAAGAUGGGACUUGGUAACCUGGCCAAUAUCUUUGCACCUCAUAUACUGCGUCCACAACACGCUGAAGGCAAUUUCCUGCUCGGUAGCACUGCCCUUAGUCUUCAGUUGGUCCAUUAUUUAAUAAGGAACCAGGACAAGGUGUUUCCCCCAAUCAGUACGAUCCAGAUGCACUGCGCCAUGACGACAAGUGACUAUUUGAAGCAUGAGAGAUUGGCUAAAGAGUGCGCGAAGAGAGCGUCUCUCCAAGAGAACAAAUACCUUAAUCACACGUUGCCUUUGCCGGACGAGGAACCUGUUCUUCGGACAAAGAAAGCCCUCAGACCAAAGGAAAUUGUGCAACAAGAAGAGGAAGAAGACACAACGAAUUAUGUGAAUACUGACCUUACAGACAAUGAUAUAGAAAGUAGUCUUCUAGACUGUUCUGUCCAUAGUAUCUACGAAAACUUAGAGAUUCCUCAAAACUCUCCGCAACAUUGCGUGUCCUUGAUAGAAUCCCUAAAGUCAAGGAUAUCGGAGGUGCCUCCGAAACCAAGAGCAUAUACCGAACACAAAGCAAAACGAUAUGGCGUCUCGUAUCGUGAUCCAUCGUCGAUAAUGCCCGCGCCAUACAACGGACAAAAGUCACCUUCGUACACGAACGGAACCCCGCCGUCGAAACCUUCGACGAGUCCGCCAAAGGAAGAUGCCUUCGGACGCGGUAAGAAACCUAAGGUGGUCAAAGGUGAUGUACAUAGUCAGGAACACCAGGGAACCACUUACCAGAACAUUGAGCUGGGUUCCUCAGGGGGUCUAACCAAUGGGAAAGAAUCCCGUCACACCAACGGGGACAUCCUCAUCAAACCGCUUCCGGAAUUGCCUCCUAAGUAUGGAGAACACAUCCACAACAGUGUUCCCAAGAUGGUCGGUGACUACAGCAACGAGAGCUUCAACGUGCCUUACGCCAAUAAUCUCAAGAUACCGCACCUGAUCAACGGUGAGGUCACAGGUCACAUGCAGGGUUUACGAAAUAAACUGAGACAGAAGGAUGACGAGUUGAGUAAACUUAGAAAAUCAGUGGACAGGAUGAAGAAGGAAUUGGAAUCUAUGAAACUCAGGGUCAACGUUGAGGAGUCUGCACGUCUGAACGCAGAAGAGGAAAACCAGCAGCUUCACAUCGAGUUGGAGUAUCUACGACGGUGUCUCUCAAAUAGAUAGUCUCAUGCAUAGCUAAGCAAUGCCCUAGUCACACCAACGGAACUUUGUCCAAACUGACCGAUGGCCUGUCAUAGGAAUUAACGUAAUAUAUUUCGACGGUUGGGAGUGGUUUUGCCCCGGUGUGAGUGGGGCAUUGGCAUAGGAUUUUCGAGUUGAGAUACACCACACAGUGAUUGUCAUUGCAAGUGGACGGCAUGAUUCUCAACGUCUGAGAAUAAGGAUCUCCGAUAUUAAAUAUUUAAGAAAAUAGUAGAUGGUUUAAUUUAUCAUACCAUGAUUAUGUAAUCUCUCUCAUUAUCCCCACCGGGUAAUAAGUGGGGGACCUAGAAAAGAGAUAUAUUGACCCCCACUCCAUCGUAGUAGAAACAGUAGUCGUAGACGUAGCAGUAGUAGUAGUAGUAGUAGUAGUAGAAGAAGAAGUAGUAGUAGUAGUAGUAGUCCAAAUUGCAACUGCACAAAAUGAAAACAAACUAGUAAGGUUUGAGUAGGUCCUACGUUUCUAUUUGGAAUUGACACAGACAUGACAAACCUAGUCAUGUACUAGAACAUAGUAACACAUCAGAACAAAUCACUAACACCAAAUUUUUCUCGGGAAUCGAUAUUGUCGAGAAUCGUAUUUAGCGCAAGCCUAAUCUUGUAAUCACAAAUCUGAUUUGCUCGUAGGCUGCAGGUAUUCUUGUGUCAAGAAAUGAUUGAAGUUCCACUCUUUCGGCUGAUGCCAGUUUAUGGUGUCUUCACUUUGAAAAAUAAGGUGGAAAUUCUCUUGGAAAAGAGGUCUAUUAGGGGGAUUCUUUGUUUGGAGCCCGGGAAGGAAAGGGGAUGAGGGAGAGAGAUGAGACGAGAUAAUGACUUAAGCGGUAAAAUUUUGGCAAGUACUUUGCUUCGAGGCCUCCAUUACAACUUAAACCACUUAAAAAGAAAUGCGGCGAAGUUUGUAAAGUGAGUCACUGAUUUUAAUAGGUUAAACCAUGUGUUUCUUUUUGUUCUUAAUAUAAAUAAUAUGCAUCGGAGGGCCGAAGUGAUGAACAAAUUCCCAGACCUUGGUGAGGUCUAUCUUGUCAUUGUGAGUGAUGGUUACCUGUUCUGACGUGGUAUUCCCCUAUCUACAAAGUGAAGAACAAAGACAGUACUGAUCGGCUGUAAGGUGCGAGAAGGGGCAUUAUGAUGGGUAUCAUACUUCAUUUUUUUAAAGAAAAACUUCGUGAAAGUCAUAAGCAUAUUUUUAUGAUACAGUCAAACCAACGUAACCGUCUUCAGACCGAUCAAAGCUAAUACGUUAUUACCAGUGACAUACUGUCGGUCGGGUUGGAGUCGGUUUCGGUUACAAUCACACCAACGAAACCGUCUUCAGGCCGAUCAAAGCUAAUACGUUAUUACCAGUGACAUACUGUCGGUCCGGUUGGAGUCGGUUUCGUGGAUAUGACUGUGUUACAAGGGGGCAUCGUAUGGCCCUGGGAAGCGGAGGAAGCACCUCCAAGAUUUUAAUUGGGGGUGCUGCGUGUGUUAUUUUCCAUAGGCAGCACCCCCUGGAAAUCUGGUUGAUACGGUAAAUGGCAGAACUGUAACAAAAAAUGAACAACAUUUUUGCUUGCUUGUCAAAUUUCUCGGAACCUAAACCACCUUCAUUUUGUAGUGAAACGUUUUUUUUUUUCAUAUUUUCUUUAUUGUCAAAUUUACUUCAACACCCCCCAGUAAAAAAAAUCGUUCCCAGGGCCCUGGGGUACCGUGCCAAACUUUUUGUCGUUAAAAAAGGAUAUGUGAAGAUCGUAGGUAGGCAUCUAUGAAAGCGGGAAUCUUAGACCGUAUCCAUCCUAUUUUUAACAUAGUUGGAUGAUUUACCGUCAGCAAACUAAUUCAUUAGAUAUACAUAUAAUUAAUAUUUGCAUUUAAAACCAAAGCUCCAUGAGUUGAAGUUCUCGUUUUUUUAAUGUCAAGAACUAUUAUAACAUUAAUAAUUUUGGGAAACAUUGAAGACGAUGACAUGCAUUUUUCGAUUUUUUUAUGAGUGUCGUUAGCGCCUUUCUGUCAGGUGGGGAUUACGCAUCUACUUGGAAAUAUGAAGGAAGGGGGAUUAGUGCUAAUAUUAGGGUACAUAAGGGGUUCUUGGUAGGGGGAAGGAAAGGAUAAGAUGGGGUAGGAUAAAGGGGAUGAAGCUCUGAGGACGUGAUGCUUUAACAUAACUGUCAUUUUAGCUCUUAAUGUUGGAUCUUCAUGUCUCGUUUUAGCUUAUCCAUUUUAUCUCUUGUCAGGUGAGUCAUAAAGUGAUGUGUUUGAGUACACCUUUGGAGGUUGCUUCGAUCUUGAUACGUACUAGGGGCGGAAUCUUUGAAGAGGUGGGGCUCAAAAGAAUAAGUUCGGGUUUUUUUUUCUUCAAGAAAUUGUUUGAUCAAAGCAAAUCAUGUUCUUUAUCAAAUCAUGUACUUUAUCCAGGGGCAGAAGGAAAAGACUGUAAUAUUGGGGUCAAAUAGGGGAACUUGUUUGAUAAAAGGAGUACCCCCUAGAAAGGGAUAGGGGCUCAAAAGAGGGGAUUCUUUUGUUAAGUUGUUUGAUCACAGCAGCUACACAAACUCACUUUAGAUUACUUUGAAUGUCAGAUUACAUCUUCUAUCCAACAACAAAUGCACCUAGUUACCAAGAAUGCAUAGAGUACACCCAUUUAUUCGAAGACAGGAUAAAAGAGCAUUGUUGAUUAAAUGCCUUGCUCACGGCAUAGGUGCCGCGGCCGGGGAUCGAACCCCGGAAUUUUCCAUGUAUAGUCAGGCGCCUUAAACCACUCGGCCACGGCACCUCCUUACAUCAAUCGCCACGAAGUUAUUUUAAAUGUACGAUCGUAUUUAGUGAUUGGUGAAUAUAGUUGAGUGGAAGGACACUGAGCUCAAAUGUGGGGGUCUUUAAAAAUUGAAUUCGAUGCGGUACCCCCCCCCCCUUUGACCCAUCUCUCCCAUUUAUCGAUAGCUAUGUAACUGUAACUGUAGUUAUGAAUGUGGCAUUUAGAAAAUGUGAGUGGUGGCCGGAGGGCGUUUUUAUCGGAAAUGGGUGCUGAUCACAGUAUAGCCCCCUUUACCGACCACGUCCCCAUCACUACACAAUUUGAUUGACGAAAAUAUAUGACAUUUACUGUCAUAAUGUAAAUAUCACUGGCGUAAAUCCGUGUUGAGGGGUGGGGGGGAUGACUGAAAUAUUUUGGCUUUUUUUUUUGUUAUCAUGUUUUUAGAUAUGCAAGGAAUUGUAAUUGAUAUGUCCACAGUGGCAUACCGUGGGUCACGGCAUUGUGGGGGCACCAGCAAAAUUUUCGAAUCACUGAGUGAGCGCGCGAAGCGCGCUCGGUUGCUAGUUAUUCUGACCUAAUAGAGACAUUUUAAGGACAAUAUCAUUGAACGGAUAUGUAUCUCACCC